AUGGAGAUUUUUGGUGCAGAAGUUUUCUCCACAAAAUCUGUUGACUGGGGAGCUGCUACUCGAGUGGCUGGAGCAAAGAUGACACUUAUUUAUCUUAUGAUGUUCUUGGUGCUUUCAACUAAUGGCGUAGCACAAUUCGGUGAAGAAGAUACUAACAAAGACACUUUCUACAUUAGUGGAAAAAUUCUUGUUGUUGCCAAGAAAAUGGGACGACCACCUCUAAAGAAUCCACAUCCUGACACUGUGAAAAGACAGAAGAGGAGAGCCAAAAGAAAGCAAGAGAUCCAGCACCACCAACAACUUCAUCAUCUCAGCCAUCACCCGAUCAACAAGCCCACCACAUCUCAAGAACAACACACACAGAGGAGAAGUGGAAGACCCCGUGGAAGAGAAUCAGCAGCAACAACUUCCUCAUCCCAUCCACCACCCUCUCAGCAAGCCACUGCAUCUCAAGAACAACACACAAAGAGAAGAAGAACAACCAAUGAAACUAAAGAUGAAGUGAUUGAGAUUGAGAAUCGACUUGAGCGAUUGAACAAGUCAUCAGUCAAGACUAUAAAAGCACAAAGUGGAGAUAUUUAUGAUUGUGUGGAUUUUUACAAACAACCAGCAUUCGAUCAUCCUUCAUUAAAGAACCACAAUUACAAUUUUCAGACGAAAUCUUCUUAUCGUCCUAAGGUGAUGAUGAACGAAAAAGAGACUCCAUACAAGGGAAGACAAGCAUCAUUAAAAAGUGGAUUUAAGGGUAAAAGUUGUCCAAUUGGAACAGUCCCAAUAAGGAGACAUACCAAAGAAGAACUUGUUAGGGCUAAAUUGUUUACAAAGACUUAUUCCUCAAGAAUUAGUCCCCUUGCACCUGAAGCUGAAGGCUUUCAUCAUGCAAUUGUUCGAACAAAAUCUAAUCCUAACAAGAAGUAUAAUGGAGCUUCUACAUCUGCAAGCAUUUACACACUUGAUAACGUCACUGGCUCACAAUAUACUUCUGGUCAAAUGACAACACAAAAUGGAGACGAUAGCAUUCGAGUUGGUUGGACAGUUAAUCCCACUUUGUACGGUGAUCAUAAGAGUCGACUAUUCACAUUUUUUAAGGCAGGUGGAUUAUCUUGUUUUAAUACAAUGUGCCCAGGCUUCGUGAUAGUUAGAACUGACAUUCCUCUGGAUGACGUUCUACCAGAGACUCACCCAGGUGUUAUUCCACAGGAAUACGACUUCUUUGUUUAUAGGGAUCGAACUACUAGGAAUUGGUGGCUUGAACUUGGAAUUUAUAAUAUUCCAAUUGGAUAUUGGCCAUCAAGCAUAUUUAGUAGUGGUUUAAAAGACUUAGCAACAUAUAUUGACUGGGGAGGAGAGACUUACAGUCCAGUUGGUCAACCUGGUCCUCCAAUGGGUUCUGGUUUAUUUCUAAAAGGGAGCACCCGUUAUGAUGCAUAUUGUAGAAAAUUAACAACUAUAAAUGAGGCUCAUGACCCAGAAGAUGCUAAAAACACUGAAAUAGUUUCUAUUGAUACUGACUUUUAUGUAGCUAAAGAUUGGGGAUUUGUAGGCGAGUCUCGGCGUCUCAUGACAUAUGGAGGACCUGGCCCUAGAUGA